UUAGGUUUUUACCCAUUCUAGGAGAGGAAACGACAACAAGAGCAGCGUCAACCGCAAACGACGGCCAGUCCACCUGAGUCCCAGAGCUGCGUUGAUGCGGAGGGAGAAAGCAGUUCGCAGGAGAAGGAUGAAAACUCCAUAACGAUCAAGUUCACAUCGGUAUGGCAGAUCGUACUCGAUCCAAUAGCACUGUGGCAACCACGGCCACGACAGCGACAAUGGCUUACCGAAGAAGCACCUCGUCCUCUAUGUCCCCUCAGACGUCCUUCGCAGUUGUCCACUCAGGGCCCACCCCAGACUCUGCAGAAGGGACAGCAACCAGCAAGACGCCCAGCGGGUACGCUUCUUCCUGCCCUGACCUUCUGUUUGUCAAGACGGAACCGUGCGCCGUCGGAGAGACUCACCGGAAGCUCCAUCUCUCUGCGUCGCUGAGCGAAGGACGGCAUAGUCCCCGAGCGGAUGGCUACUCGCGGCAUCAGCAGCCCCAGAGCACCAAGACCUCCCCCUGCCGAGGGAGGGAAGGACUUUCCCGGAAGACCUCCUCUGUGUCCUCCUGCCGGUCCUCCUCCGAGAUGUCGUGCGACGAGGAGCUGGACAUUUCCAAGGUCAUCCCGGAGAUCAAGAUCGACGAGCUGCCACAGAGCUCGACACCGUUCCGGGAUAAGAACAUUUCCGAGAUCCUGAGCUUUCUCUUCGUGGGUGACGCCGAGGCAGCCUUCCGGGAGCCCCUCCUGUGUCGUCUGAACAUCGAGUGCGUAGUAGAUCUGAGCAACCUCUCCCAUGAUGAGAUCUCCAAGUCCAUCCGGCUGAAGGACUGCCCUUGCGUUUGCCCGUCGCAGAUGAAGCACACGCGCAUCCGACUCACCCUGCAGGUGGACGACACGGUGAACGAGGAGAUAAUCCACUACUUCGACGAGAUCAAUGCCUUCAUCGAAGGCGCCCGGAAAGUAGACCGGAAGUGCCUGGUCUAUUGUUUCGCAGGCCGAUCUCUUUCGCCGACCAUUGUCAUCCAGUAUCUAAUGCAACACAACGGAAUGACCCUGAAACAGGCCUACAGUCUGGUGAAGAAGAGACGGCCUGAGACCACCAUAUCAGCUGGCUUCCGCAGCGCCCUCGUGCGACUUGAGCGGCAGCUGCACCCGAACACCAACCCAGCCAUCAUGUUUGAGAGUGAGUUUCAGACGGAAGCUGUGGGACUCUCAUGCACCCAACAGGCAUGGACCUAACUGCAGGUGCAAGUAACAUGAUCAA